AUGAUGCAGGAAUUGUCAACCAUUGAUGAUCUACCUGCAAGUAAUGUGGAACUUGAACCAGAAAGGAUAGAAGAUGGGAAAGAUGGAGGUCCUGCAUUCCAUUGUGAUCUUUACGAUACAGAAUUAGUUCACAAGAUAGCUCAAGUUUUCAUCCCUGGAUUAGCUACAGCUUGUGUUGACAAUACAUCUGGUGAUAUCUUCUGGACCCCUGCUUCAGUGGCUGCUGAUGUGAGAAAGGAGAUGGUGGAGUAUAUCACUCAGAGAAGUGAAAAUUUUGUUGCAGAAUCAGUUAUCUUAGAAGAUGGCGCAGAUGCACAAGUAUCUGAUCAUCCUUAUGAUAUAAUUUCUGAUUUUGUUGAUGACUUUGCAAGUUCCAAGAGAAAUUUGUUUAGUCGGGUUUCAGGAUGGUUGCUAAGUGAAAAAGAGAAGAUAAGAUAG